UCACUACCCUCUGGAACGGCCAAACCCUGCUCUAAAGGACUCAGUUUCCCGACAGCCCCUGCGCGCUCACCCGUGCAGCUCUCGCACAGAAUGAAUCAGUGGCGUUGUUAUUGACGCCAUAUUGAGCUCGGCGUCCAAGAAGGAGCACCUAGUAACGCACGGCGCCCGAGUACCCGCUCACCGUAUCCGCCGCCAUCCUCCCGGCACGAGUCUCCUCGCCCCCGGCAGCGGGCUGAUAGCGACCCCGCAGCGCCCGAGCGACACAGCCCGCCCGAGGAUCGGCGGGUAGAGCGGCUGGGACCGGCCGAUUGGGAGAGGAAUUCCCGGGAGCUGCCUGCUCGCCCCCCCCGGACAUGGCGUGCGGGGCCACACUAAAAAGGACUAUCGACUUCGACCCCCUGCACAGCCCCGCGGCUUCGCCCAAGCGGAGGAGAUGUGCCCCGCUGUCCCCGGGGGGUCCAUCACCCCAGAAAUAUCUCCGAAUGGAGCCGUCACCCUUCGGGGAGGUGUCAUCCCGGCUCACGGCAGAGCAAAUUCUGCAUAACAUAAAACAAGAGUAUAAACGUAUGCAAAAGAGGAGACAUUUAGAAAACAGUCUUCAGCCAACAGAACCCUGCUGUUCAACUGAUUUACAACAUACUCCAUUCCUCUCUUCUGGGCCAAGUAUACCUGGUACAUUAAGUGCAUCGCCACUGAGAAAGGAGCAAGCACUGUUUACCCUGAGACAAGUUGGAUUGAUCUGCGAACGUCUUUUGAAAGAACGUGAAGAUAAAGUCCGUGAAGAGUAUGAAGAAAUUCUUACCACAAAACUUGCUGAGCAAUAUGAUGCUUUUGUGAAGUUCACUCAUGACCAGAUAAUGCGAAGAUAUGGAGAACAGCCUGCUAGCUAUGUUUCAUGAAUUACUCCUUGCCUUUCCGGGCUGAUGUUUUUCCUUAAUUGCUGCAAGAUGUCAUAGUUUAAAAAUUGCAGCAAUGCCAUAACCCCUUCCCUGUGAACACAGGCUAUUUCAAGCUUUUGUCAGUGGCGACCACUCUUAUGCAGCAACUGGUUUAGGAGUGCUCCUGAUGUUGUGCCACCUGGAUGUGGAUCUAUGCUACCUGUAUUACUAUACCAGUGGCCUCAUUUGCUGUAUUAUUGAAAUUUGGCUUCUUUUGUUUGUUUUAAAAUGGAUUAAAGCUGGUGUUCAUAAACAUGCCCUUUGCUUGAUGUGUAAGUAAGUCAAAUUUAGGAUGACAUUGGUUUUUUGACUGACUGCAGUUGUAAUAACUGUGCAACAACAACAAAAAGUCCAGCAACUUUAGGAUGGAAUAAUUCUUGGGACUAUUUUAAAGUGACCUCCACCACAUUUGACUGUGGAGAGAA